AUCAACACUUCAAAUGGAGUUGUAGAAAACAAGAGAAGAUCUUCACAUUAUUAAUUUGGCGUUUCCGUGAUAGAGCUUGUAAUUAAUCAAGCAGAUGAAUAGGGGGAAGAGAGUGGUUUCUGAUGAUGCGGAAAAAUUCAAGUUCUACAACAAACCUCUAACGAGAUACAGCACAAUUCAAAUUCGCUCACAAGGCAACCCAUUUAUCCUUCCAAGAUGUUUGAGCUACAGAAUCCAAGCGAAGAAACAAAAAAAGUCCAAUUCAUCAGGUGGCGCAAUUUUCAACUAUAUGGACAGUAAUAACAGAAUACUAAAAGCUGAACAUGUGAAGGGAUAUUCUUGUAUAUUUUGCUCAAUGAAAUGUGGAAGCCCCAAGGGAUUGAAACUUCAUUUGACGUCAUCACAUGACAUCUUUGAAUAUAACUUCCGGCUGUCGAAUAAUGAUCACCCGACGAUUGAUGUCUCCAUGAAACCUAUUGCAGUCGAAUUUGGGGAACUAAGUGAUGCAUUGGAGAAGAAGCACUAUUGGAUUCCUUUUACCUUUCGCUCGAAACGUAAGCGAGGCCAAAGAAACGAUGGGCUGGAAUCUUUGGAGUUGCAAAGGAACAGAGGCGCUAUAACAUUUACUCGACUAGAAAUAGGUCAAUCUUCAAAAUCUCAGGCGCCUCUUCGCACUAGGAGAAAAGGGAAACCUAGAGCGCCUCUUCCCUCUAGGAGAAAAGGGAAACCUGUAAAGCUGACCAAGGGCACAAGCACCAGCCUUCUCAAUAAACGGCAGUUCUAUCACUCUACAACAGGGCAGCCAAUGACGCUUGAAGAAGUAAUGACUGGCGAAGACAGCGAGAGUGAUGAAGAAUUAGUAGAUAUGGGAGAACGUUGGAGGAUUAAUACGUUGGAGGAAGUGCGCGACGAGGACAAGAAUUUUAUGUACCUUUGGAGCUCAUUUGUGAGAACGCAAAGGGUGUUGGCGGAUUCACAUAUGCCAUGGGCAUGUGAAGCGUUCUCAAAAUUUUAUGAGAAAGAUCUUAUCAGUUCCGAACCUUUCAGGGACCAGUGGAGACAAUUUAUGGUUAAAUUGUGGGAGUAUGGUCUCAUCUGCGCCAAUACCAUGCACAAAUGCAAUACCUUCCUCCUCAACUCACAAGAAGCAGCAGCUGCCGCAUCAUCAUCCACCUCUCAAGCUACUGCUACUCGCAACGAGUAACAGCCUAUGGAAGCUAUACUGCUAAUCUCAACGAGCAACAGCCUAUGGAAGUUGAUGAAGAAUAAACAGUAACAAUGUGGAUUGUUGAGAUUUUCGUUUCUAAAUGUUUAUUUAUUUUAAACUUCCUGUACUCUGAUCAAAACAGAGAUCGUUCUAUGAUACCAUUCCCUUGUUUCA